GUUGAAAUAGACAUAUAUAAAAUAUAUAUUGUAAUUUUAAUUCUGUGAUGAUAUGAAUAUAAUAUAAUAAUAAUAAAAUCACAUGCCAGAACUAAAUAUAAUAUUAAAAUUAAUUACUAGUUUGGUCCUCCUCCAGCUUCUGGAAUAGUCCAUCUGAUAUAAUCUUUGGGCAUUUUGAUAUCACAAGUUUUACAAUGUAAACAAUUUUAAGCAUUGAUUUACAAUUUUUUGCCUUCUUUAGUAUCAAUAAAUUCAUAAACUUUAGCUGGACAAAAUCUUUAUUCAGGGCCNAAAUAAGUAAAAAUAAUUAGAUUAAUAAAAUGAUAUUAUUUUAUAAUGUUUGCAUGAUAAUAAAAAUAUAAUUAAAAUUAUUAUUUAUUUAGGAAAUGUGGUAUAAAAACUUUUCAAAAUAAAGUUGGAAUCUUCGUGUUUGGAGGUAUAUUAUAAUAGAUAUUGAUAUAUAGAAAGGCAAACAUAUUAUUUAAUUAAGAUGAUAUUGGUAUGUUUAAGACAAAAGGUGUUUUGAGAUGGAAAGAUACUGUAUUUAGAAUGGCUAGAAGUGAAGCAUGUGUAUAAAAUUAUGAAUAUGAAUGAUAGUUAAGAGGAUUUAACUUCUUCUUUUUUGCUGGGAUGAUUGGAUCAUUCAUUUGGGUAAAAUCAAACUAUUAUGAUCCAAAAUAUGUAGCACCAAAAAAAGUAGAAAGUGAGAAGGAAUUAGAAAGAUUAGAUGCUGAAGCAGAUAAAAUAUUAUUUAAGAAUAGAUUGGAAGCAUAUUCAAGACCACAUAGAAGUUUGGAAGAUUUGAUAGCUUUUUUAUCUGGGUAUUGUGAAAUAAUUAAUAAUAUAUAGUUCAAAAACAUUUGAUUAAUUUGCUGAUUUUAUCAGUUAUGAAGAAGCAAUGAAUAAUAGUAUGGAUUAAUAAAAUGGAUUGGAUUCUUGGAUGGAUGAUUAAGAUUAGAGAAUGCUUAAAUAUUAUCAAAGAAGUAUAGGACGUACUCCAAAAUUUGAUUGAUUACGUUGAAAUAGAC